AUGGCGUUCAGGAUAUCUCUCAACAAGGCCAAUAAAGCCCAGAUGGGUGCCAAAGCGAAGGCCGAAGACGAAGCCAAAGCUCGCGAAGAGAAGAAUGCCAUGGACAAGGUUAUGGCCGACGUGAUGGACGAGCACGGCGAAUCGCGCGGAAUACUCGGCGACAGCGAGAAGGAAUAUGAGGCCCCAGAAGACGUGUUUGUGCCGACAGGUGCGAGACGGCACUUUACUGGCAGGCCCAAGUCUACAAAGAGUGGCCCGGGGACUCUGGGACCCGAACCUGGUGCAGGAUCAUUCCCACGAUUGGGCGGGCCGGGAGGUUUCGCAGCUCAACAGCCUCAAUUUGGCAAUGCUGGAUCACGGGGCUCUGCAGCUCACCAAGGCGCGCAAGAAGAGAAUGUAUUCACGACCGUUGUCGCAAAAGCUUCCAAUUUACCCCCUGCCAUCGACACCCGCCGUGUGGAAGAGCUGUUCGCCGGGUUCCCCUCGCUGAACGUCGUCAAGGUGGAGCGAAUUACGCCUUCGAGCCCUAACAGCUCGUCGCAUAAGUCCCGGCCGUCGGCUACGAUGAAGAUCACCUUCGAUAAAGACGCAAGCGCUCGAGACCUCGACGAUGCCAUGUACAGGCUCAACGACAAACGAUACUUGGGGAGAGGAUAUUAUCUGCAUCUGGACCGAUAUCUUGGUGAUUAUAGCAAGAGCACCAAGCAACCGGAGGCGCCGUUCGCGGCUACAAUAUUUGAUGUAGAGUUGCCCAAAGGCGUUGCUCCACCACCUGGUCUGGGAGGGCAGAGCAAUCGACACCAGCAUAUAAACAAUUCUAUCAAGAGGAGUCUAAUCACAGCUAACGCCCCACCUGAUGUCGCGACCAUGAGGCUUAUUCACCAGACAAUCGAAGGUGUCAUUGAAGGUGGAGUGGAAUUCGAGGCAGCGCUUAUGCAAGAUGAUCAAGUUCAGAAAGAGGAACGAUUUGCCUGGCUUUUCGAUCAAACACAUCCUCUAAAUCGCUACUAUCGAUGGCGUCUGCAUGAGAUUGUCAGUACUACAGCAAGGUCCGACGUAUUCUCUCGACAACCGGAUUGGAAAGGCCCCAAUGAGGUUUUGAUGGAUGAAUUCGCCAGUGAGCUAGGCGACUUGAGUCAGCCACAAGACCAGUCAGAGUCAGAGUCAGAGGAUGAGGAGAAGCCCAAGCGAAUGACGGUGGCCGCUGGAGACAACUACCCCGGCCGAGCAGAUACAGGGUACGGCAUAUUGAGCCCACGCUCAAGGGCGCUCCUUAUCUGGUUGCUUUAUACAAUCCCACCUACUAGCGCCAUGAACGAGGAAGUUGCUGCAAUAUCACAAUUCGCCGUGCACCACGCCACGAAAGGGCUCGGCGAAGUUGUUGAAAUCAUCAUCACCAACCUAUUCCAGCCCUUCGCACUAUCGCCGGCCAAUCCCAAGAAUCGUGCUGAGACAAGUGAGGAGGAUGGAGUCGAUGCGAAGCGGCUACCACCGCUCAUUGCAACUGGACUGCAUCUCAUUUCAGACAUCAUCAUGACCACUUCCAAGGAGGGUGGUCAAUGUUAUAAAUACCGGUCGGUAUUUGGGAUUCAGCUAAAAGAGCGAAAAGUGUUCGAAUAUCUUGAAACCGUACCCAGCCGCUGUAGGAUGGGACUCGUGGCCCGGAACCAUUUUCGCGCAGAUGUCAACUACAUACUCAAAAUAUGGAUGGAUGAACAGUUGUUCGAGAAUAGUAUACUCGAGCAUAUAGACGAUGCAUUCAACGAGCGACAGCGGCGAAAGGAUCAAGAGGAAUUGGACAAAAAGGCAGAGCGACGCAGACAGAGGAAAAGGCAAGCGGCGGCGGCGGCGUCGACAGCUUCCAAACCCAUGCUCGGGAUGGAUGGAGCCAUGGACGUGGAGAAGAUGGAGGAGGACAGUUCGGAGGAUGGGGAAGAGGGAACGGCAAGGGCGGAUGCAAUGGAGGUUGAAAGAGAGGCGAUGGAAUCGGAGCCAAGCUCGGCGCCCCAACAUUAUGCAGGCACGGAAAUGGAAGAAGACGUUGGCAGACGGGCGGCGGCGGUGGACAAGAUGGGUGGAGAAACGGCAGCAGCUCGAGCGCGGCGUCUGCGGCCUAAAGCGGAGGACAUGUUCGCAUCCGAUGGAGAGUGA